AUGAAUCUGCCAGCGACAUUCCGGUGCUCCGUGGGCUGGGUGCGCCGCGCAUUGAACCGCCACGACGUCAGGUGCAUGCGAGCCGUCGGCGAGGCUGCCGACCAGGAUCUCGUUGCCGUCCGCACCUGCAAGGAGAAGCUUCCGCAGCUUCUCAUGCAUCUGGCGGUUUCGCCAAAGAACACCUUCAACUUUGACAAAAUCGCCUUGUGGCUCUCCGCUCUGCCUCGCAAGACCUACGGGACCGUGCGCGUCGCUGGGCGGAAGGUGGCGAAGGAGCGCCUCACGGUCGGGUUGCUCGUCAACGCCGACGGAAGUCACGUAUUCCGCCCCUUGGUGAUCUCCAAGUCGCUUUUCACCCAUUUCAUCGAGCAGCUCAAUGCUGCUAUGUAUUCGGAGGACCGCCACAUUGUCAUUUUGCUAGACAAUGUGAGCAGCCACAUGCUCAAGACGGAGACCGCGACUUCGGAGGAUCUUUUCGGCUUCCGCACGCGCUCGCUCAGUCACGUCCGCCUCGUGUUUCUCCCGCCGAACACGACUUGCUUCACCUAG